AUGUCUUUCUCCUCAUCUUUCCGUCUGUUCUUCGCCAAAUUCCCAACUUCUUCCCCAAUUUUCAAAUCCCUAAUUCCUCCUACUUUCCUACUUUCACCACCGAAGAAUCUUGUACCUAUCAAAACGAUAACAAUCCAAUCGAUACCCACAAGACUAUCUCCCGCGAAUUCGACUUCACCGUCUUCAUCGGACCAGAACACCCUCCAACCCAUAGAAGAACUCCCCAAAAAGCUGCAAGAAAUCGUCAAUCUCUUCCAAUCCGUACAGGAUCCAAGAGCCAAAUACGAGCAGUUAUUAUUCUAUGGCAAAAAGCUUCAGCCCCUUGAAGACCAAUUCAAGACUAACGAAAACAAGGUCAUAGGUUGCGUUUCUCAGGUCUGGUUACGAGCCUAUUUCGAUUCCAGCAAUAAAAAUGUGAUCUUUGAAGCUGAUUCCGAUUCCGUACUCACUAAGGGUUUAGCAGCUUUACUGGUUCAAGGUCUGUCUGGUCACCCAGUUCAAGAAAUUUUAAGGGUUUCCCCCGAUUUCAUUGUUCAUUUGGGUUUGCAACAGAGUUUGACACCUUCUAGAAACAAUGGGUUUUUGAAUAUGUUGAAAUUAAUGCAAAAAAAGGCCUUGACUUUAUAUGUAGAAGCUGAGAAAGGGAUUGAAUCAUCAACCCAGAUUCAAACCCCCAUCAAAGAACUGGAAUCUGAUUCAAAAAUUGAGAAGCCUGUUGAGAAUUCGAAUAUUGAUGAAUCAAAAUCCGAUGGUGAUUCAAAAAGUGAGAACCCUAAUGGUGUUUUGGGAAGUAGAGGACAGAGGAUAUCAGAGAUUUUAAAGAGGGAGCUUAAACCGAUCGAAUUGGAGGUCAAAGAUGUAUCAUAUCAGCAUGCUGGACAUGCAGGUGUGAGGGGUAGUAAUGGGGAGACACAUUUUAAUUUGAAAGUGGUUUCAAAGGAGUUCGAAGGGAAGAGUAUGGUUAAGAGGCAUCGACUUAUAUAUUCUUUAUUGGAAGAAGAGUUACAGAGUGGAUUACAUGCUUUAUCGAUCGAAGCCAAGACACCUAAUUAA